AUGGUUCCUCUUGCUGCACUCUCUUUGUCUAUAACCAUAUUUUCAUCAGUAGCCAUGACAGUGGUGCAUAGACGUGAUGCCGCUAAGCUUCGCGAUCUUGAAAGCAUGACCGGAUAUUCGACACUCAAUUACACAUUGAGCAUGAAGUUUCAACUAGCCGAAAACGUCCGCGUUACAAGGUGGCUCACCUACUCAUCGCUUGGUUAUGCUGUUUGGGCUUUCAUUGGAGCUCUGUUCGCCUUUCCACCACUUUUGGUCUUUAGUGAAAGCGAACUUAUCGGGCAACUUCUCCACGAGGUUUUGAACGUUUACUUUGCAGUGACAUUUGCAAUCGUUAUUUGGCUAUCACUUGCGGCAAGUGGUGAAUUACGGCAUUUCUUGAAUGCACUACUACCGCUCCGCAACCGCCGUAUUUCCAAUGCCUUGUAUCUGAACACAGUUCCUCUCAAAAGCAAUGAUUCCCUCAUCGCAACAGAACUGUAUUUUACACAUUUGAAAUCUGCAUGGGGUCCUUGA